AUGAACUGUGGAAAUUUUUGGAAUAACUAAAAUAUUCCUUUAUUUGAUCAUAAUGAGACUUCAAAAGUUUUAAUCUCAAAUUUCUACAAAUUUGGUAAAAGACUAGGUUAGAAAUGCUUGCGUUAGUACAUUUUAAUUAAGCAAUACUUGUUGUAUUCAGAUGUAGGUAAUUUUAAGCAAAUUAAGGGAAGUGUUAAAUUGGAUGGGGUCUAUGCUUCAUUUUAAAAAUCUAAUUAAGAAUAUCAGAUAUGUCUCAAAAAUAACGGAUUUCAAAUUGUAUUAAGUACAGAUGAUGAAAAUCAAUAUCAAUUGUGGACUAAACUUUUAUCAAAAUGUUGUAUAUUGACCACAUUUAAUGAUGAUAUUAUAUUGGGAAACUUGAUUGGGAAUGGAAGCUUCUCAAAAGUAAUAUUGUAUGUUAAUAAGGUUUAUGAGGGGAGAAAUAAAGAAGGAGAUUUAUUUGCUGUAAAAGCUAUCCCUAAGAAGAAAUCAAAAAUUUUAACAAUUAACUAGUAAUAUGAAGAGCAAUUACUAAGUGAGAUUUCAAGUUUGAGAGAAUUAGAGCAUGAAAAUAUCAUCAAACUACAUCGAGUUUAUGAGACAUCUGAUAAACUAUUUUUAGUUACUGAAUAUAUUCAUGGUUAUGAAUUAAUCUCAAAAGCUGCCAGCAAACUCAUUUUUUAAGGAUCUGAAUUGAAAAGCUUUAUUUAUAAAAUGUUAUUGGCAAUUAAAGAGAUCCAUGAACACAAUAUAAUGCAUAGAGAUAUUAAACCAUAAAAUAUUAUGUUAAAAAAUGGCAAGCUUUCAGAACCAUGUCUUAUCGACUUUGGAUUAGCUGUAAGUACCAAUAAAAAAGAUUUACCAUUUCCAUCCUGUGGUUCUCCUGGGUAUUAAUUAAAUAAUAUAUUUUAGUUAUUCAGCACCAGAAAUAAUAAGAUUUGAUGAAACCAAAAAAUCUUAUAGCAGAUAGUGUGAUGUUUUUAGUUUUGGUAUAACUUUAUUUGUUAUGUAUUUCAAUUAAAGUAUUUUAGGCUCUAUGGAUACAACCCUUUUAAAUCUUAAGAUUAAAAAUAAACAAUUAAGAGAAAUUUAGAUGCUUAUUUUGAAUUUCCAAUUCAUCUUUACCCAUAGGAAUGUAUGUAUUUAAAUAAUUUGAUAAUAGUGGAACAUUUGAUUUUAUAGAUGACAAAAAAAUAUCCAAAAGAUCGCAUUUCUGCUGAAUAAGCACUGUGUCAUCCAUUUUUUGAGGUAAAGAUUAUUUAGACAAUUCAAUUACCAAUGGCGAUCCUUUCUAAAUAGUAGUAUGAAAUGAGCAAAUAUAACAAUAAUAUUAAUGUACAUGCAAGUUUAGAAAUGGACAUGAUGUUCGAAUUGAAUUAUGCUAUACAAUUAUUUAGUUAAUCUCCUUAAAAUCCUAAGAAUAGAACUUGUACUUUAUCUAAUAAUCCAAAUAAAUUAUAAUAAAUUGAUGAAUUUUAAUUAGAUUAUGUUGAGGAUUCGAUUGAUAUUACUCAUAUUGAUAAACUCAAGUUAGGUUAGCGACACUUUUGUAAAUAGAAAUCAGUAUUAAAUACUAAAUUUUGA